CUCACAGUUAAUCUCUUUAGUCUGGCAGGGACAUUGAGAGUUUUAAUUAACUAAGUGGUCUUUCUAAAUGUGGACCAACAGCACAAACAGUGCAGGAAUAGCUGGCAGCUCCAGAAUAGCCCACGAAUGCACUAUUAAAGUGCUGUCUGGCACACUUUGAGUAAUCCAAUGUGAGCCAAUAAUGCAGCAAAUAUCUCUCAUAUCUGUCAAAAAGCAGUGCAUAUUUGACUUUACAAAUAGAAACGGCCCUUUGCAGCUCACCCUAUAAUGUCAUUUUAAUAGAAGGAUUGUGAUUGUUUGACUGUAAGUGAGAAGGCCAGUGAUAGGUCAGUCAAACUGUGGUGAACCCUGGGAAAAGGGCCAUUCCUAAGAGGGAAUUAAUAGAGCUCUAAGAAUGAAUUGAAGCAGGUCGGAGUUCACACAUCAGCGACAGGUGGAUAAGGAGAGUGGAGAGAUAAAUCUGGAUGGGAUCGCGUGCCUGCUCGAGCCAGUGCAGCCAUGUUCAGCACCUUGAAAACGCUUUUUCGGCCCAAAACUGUGGCGGCAGUCGCUCAGAGCCCUGGAUCACCGACACCAGUGCCUUCACCUUCACCUGCACCUGCCCCAGCACCUGCUCCUCCAACAAAGGAGGAAAAGGCAGAUGCAAAGAAAGAUGAAGAAAAAGAAGAAGAGAAAAAGGAGGAAAAGCCCACCGAACCAGCUCCUGCACCUGCUCCUGCUCCUGCUCCAGAGUCCCCUAAACCAGAAGCCAAACCAGCGGAUCCAGCCGAUCCCGGAGCAGCAGCUGCAGAGGGUGAGGAUGCACCAUCACCACCAACUCCACCCAUCGUCAUCAACAGAUACUGUGAUGACCAGCUGCGAGACAUCGUGAAGAAACUACGGGAGAGGACAGAGCUUUUUAAGGAGAAAGUCAUAGACCCCUACUCCUCGUCCCCCGAGCGCAGCCCACCCGUCACACCGGUUUACCGAAAGGAAGACUGGAUCAGAAAGCAGGAAGCGGAGAGAAUAAAACGAGAAGAGGCCGAGCAGAAGAAAAAAGAGGAGGAUGCCAAGAAAGUGGCGGCGAAGAAAGAAAAAGAGGAGAAAGAAAAGAAGGAGAAAGAGGAAAAGCUGAAAGCCGAGAAGGAGAAGGAGAAGGAGAAGGAGAAGGAGAAGGCCAAGAAGGAGGCGGCUGAAGCCAUCUGCCCAAAAAUCAAAUGCACCUGCACAGACACACUUCUCAAACCUUUCGAAGACAAGAUGGACGCAUAUUUGGGGACAACCAUUGACCCUUUCACAGAUCGGCGGUAUAUUAAAUGGCUGAAUGUCGUCACAGUCGCUUUUAACUACAACGUUUGGCUGGCCACGGCACGUUUGUGUUUCCCGUACCACACGCCUGUGACCAUCCCCUUCUGGAUCUUUUUUGAUAUCCUGGCAGACCUUGUGAACAUCAUAGAUAUCACCAUGUUUCAGCCACGCUUACAGUUUGUGAAAGCAGGAGACAUCAUAAAAGACAGAAUAAUGGCAAAACAGAGGUACAGGGAAUCUGCCAGAUUUCAGACAGACCUGAUAGGCAUAAUACCAUUUGAUUUGCUGUGUUUCCACUUUGGGUUUACAUCGAUCUUUAGGAUAAACCGGUUUAUACGGUAUCAAUCAUUUUUUGAGUUCAGCGAUCGUCUGGAAAGCGUCAUGGCUAAGGCGUAUAUUUGGAGAGUUGGCCGCACUACUGGAUAUCUGCUCUUCUGUCUCCAUUUAAACUCCUGCCUUUACUAUGUAGCAUCAGAAUACGAAGGGCUGGGCAGCACUAAAUGGACAUAUGAUGGAAAAGGAAAUGCGUAUCUCCCCUGUUAUUACUUUGCGACUCGCACGCUGAUCACUAUCGGAGGUCUCCCCGAGCCCCAUACGCUCUUUGAGAUCGUCUUCCAGCUGGUGAACUUCUUCACAGGAGUCUUUGUCUUCUCUAGCUUGAUUGGACAGAUGAGAGAUGUCAUUGGAGCAGCUACGGCAGGUCAGACCUACUUCCGCGCCUCUAUGGACUCCUGUGUGGCGUAUAUGAACACCUACACCAUCCCAAAGCAGGUGCAGAACAGAGUACGCACCUGGUACAACUACACCUGGGACUCCCAGGGCAUGCUGGAUGAAUCGGAGUUAUUAGAAAAGAUGCCUCUGGUCAUGAGAACAGCCAUCGCUGUGGACAUCAACCUCACCACCUUCCAGAAGAUUGACCUCUUCAAGGGCUCUGACAACCAGAUGCUUGUGGAUAUGUUACUGCAUCUGAAAUCCAUUGUGUACUUGCCAGGAGACUUUGUGUGUAAGAAGGGUGACAUUGGGAGAGAAAUGUAUAUUAUUAAAGCCGGAGAGGUGCAGGUCAUCGGUGGACCGGACAAUAAGAUUGUGUUCGUGACUCUGAAAGCAGGCUGUGUGUUUGGAGAGAUCAGUCUCUUACAGUCAGCAAAAGAUGGAGGCAACAGAAGAACAGCAAAUGUUGCUGCUCACGGAUUCGCCAACCUUUUUGUACUGGAUAAGAAAGAACUCAAUGACAUCCUGGUCCAUUACCCUGAGUCUCAGAAAGUGCUGGCCAGGAAGGGACGGAAACUGAUGAAGGCCAAAGGCAAAGCUGCUCCUGUCAAAGAUGAAGGAGAAAAGAAGAGAUUGGCAAUGUUUGGACAAAAACCACCCACUCCGAAAAUGUUACGUGCUUUUGGAGGCUUUGGGAAAGGAGGAUUACUGGAGAAACUCAGGGCUCAAGCAGCAGAAAAAAAGGAUUGAAAAUUCCAUCCAUCCCAUCACCUACACUUACAACUACCUAAAACAUCUAUUAAUCCAUCCACCCAUUUCAUCAUCUAUCCAUCCAUUUAUCAAUUACAUCCAUUCAUCCAUCCAUUACAUCAUCCAUCUAUGAAUGAUAAAAUGGGUGGAUGGACUGAUGGAUGUUAUAGAUAGAUAUAGAUUCAUUCAUUCAGAUCUACAGAAAUGUGAUUAAAACUGUAAAUACUGACUGUAUGUUUCUGAUUUGUAGUUGGUUUAGUGACAUUCUUUUCAACUAUAAUUUUGAACUUAUUAACUAACCUGUUCAGCACUUUAUGCAGUGUCAUGGUGGAUGGGUUUCCUGGCCUUUGCAUAUUGUAAAUAGGUCAAUGUUUUUCAUAAAAUCAAAAUCAAAUAUUUCAUUGUCAUCUUUAUUUAUUGCAUCUUAAUAAUAUUGCGAAUAAAUCAUAAACAAUCCACUUUUUGGUGUUUUAUUUACUGUAUGUGAAACAAGGCAUGCUACAGGCACACAGAUGCAAGACAUUAUCAGCAACUGCUGAGCUGACACAUUACAUUAUAAUGAUACUGCAUCUGAUGAAACAAAAUUAGUUUUAUUUAAAUUACAUUUAAGACGAUUUCAUAUAUUCCUCUCAGCACUAAUUAUGUUAGUGUUGUUACAGUUACAGACAUUGUGAUUAAAUGUAAAACAAACUAAACUUAAUUUGCAUCUUAAACAGUUAAUACUGAUUCAAAAAGCUGAUUACCUUUGCAUAUUAUUAUUAUAUUUAUGCAUUGUGCAUUCAGGCACAUAACAGGAUGACUGACCCAUCCAGAUGUCGGUAUCGAUGGCUUUCAUCUGUACAGAUUGAGAUCUGAGCACCAUUCCUCAGUGGCUUUAGCUUUAUGUGCAUUCUGCACAAAAAUAAAACUUGGCAAUAUAAAAAGCUGCCACGUGAUUUCCAUAGAAUUAAAUCAAACAUAUAUGCACAUUUUUUUAUCCACCUUAUUCUUGCUGUAAGAGCGGGUGCAGCCAUUUGUAAUUUUUAUGAGACUGGCUUCCGGUGCCAUCCACGUCCAGCUAUUUUUAGCUGUACAAAACAGCUAGUUUUGCUGCUUGAUAUUGCAAAUUGGUGUG